CUCUUUCUCUCCCCCUUCUUGCACACACACUUACAUGCAGGCACACACCCUGGCCGUCGCCUGCCACUACCCCCUGCUUCUCUCACUCCCUCCGCUCCUCCCUGCCUGGAUAUUCGUGCUCCGGGAUGCCGCCGUCUGACAAUGGAAUUCUCAUGAUGCGCUGUGGGAUCCCGAGGCCACGAUAAAACCCCUUGGGCCCCCCCUUCUAUCCUGCCCCCUCCUCUUUUUGUGGAAUCUCACGUCAUCUGGCUCCCACACCCCCGGCCCCCUCUGUGAAUGUCUGUCGCCAUGGCGAAGCGCGAGUCCGGGAGCGCCAGCCCCGUCGUGCGGCAGAUAGACAAGCAGUUCCUGGUCUGCAGCAUCUGCCUGGAUCACUACCACAACCCCAAGGUGCUGCCCUGUCUGCAUACCUUCUGCGAGAGGUGCUUACAGAACUACAUCCCUCCACAGUCCCUGACUCUGUCCUGCCCCGUCUGCCGUCAGACCUCCAUCCUGCCCGAGAAGGGCGUGGCAGCUCUGCAGAACAACUUCUUCAUCACCAACCUGAUGGAGGUGCUCCAGCGCGACCCGGAGUGCACCCGGCCCGAGGCCUGCAGCGUCCUGGAAUCGGUUAGCGCUGCCGCUGCCGGCAAGCCGCUCUCCUGCCCCAACCAUGAGGGCAAGGUGAUGGAGUUUUACUGCGAGUCCUGCGAGACUGCGAUGUGCCUGGACUGCACAGAGGGAGAGCACCGGGAGCACGUUACCGUGCCGCUGCGGGACGUGCUGGAGCAGCACAAGGCCGCACUGAAGAACCAGCUGGACGCCAUCCGCAGCAGGCUCCCGCAGCUGACGGCGGCCAUCGAGCUGGUCAAUGAGAUCUCCAAGCAGCUGACAGAGCGGAAGAACGAAGCGGUGACCGAGAUCAGCGGUACCUUUGAGGAGCUGGAGCGGGCGCUGCACCAGCGCAAGUCGACCCUCAUCGCCGAUCUGGAGAGCAUCUGCAGCACCAAGCAGAAGGUGCUGCAGGCUCAGCUGGCCUCGCUGCUGCAGGGGAAGGAGCACAUCCAGAGCAGCUGCAGCUUCACAGAGCAGGCGCUGAGUCACGGCAGCGCCACCGAGGUGCUGCUGGUGCAGAAGCAGAUGAGCGAGCGGGUCAGCGCCCUGGCCCGGCACGACUUCCCGGAGCAGCCGCACGAGAACGCCCACCUGAACUGCCUGGUGGAGACGGAAGGCCUGCGUCGCUCCAUCCAGAACAUGGGCGUGCUGCUGACCACGAGCGCCGUGGGCCACACCAGUGUUGCCACAGGGGAGGGGCUGAAGCACGCACUGGUGGGCCAGCAGGCCACCGUCACCAUCACCACCAAGGACAAGGACAGCGAGCUGGUGCGGACGGGCAACGCGGUGCUACGGGCCGAGAUCGUGGCGGCGGACAGCACGCGUGUGGAGCCUGAGGUGGUGGACAACAAGAACGGCACUUACGAGGCGUCCUACACACUACGCACCGAGGGCGAGUACACCUUCUCGCUGCUGCUCUACGAUCAGCCCGUGCGUGGGAGCCCCUUCCGGCUGCGUGCCGUCAAGCCCUCCGACAUGCCGCAGUCACCUGACGACGUCAAGCGCCGCGUGAAGUCGCCCAGUGGGGGCGGGGGCCACGUGCGGCAGAAGGCCGUGCGACGGCCCUCCAGCAUGUACAGCACCAGCAAGAAAAAGGAGAACCCCAUUGAGGAUGAGCUCAUCUACAGAGUGGGCACUCGAGGCAGGGAGAAGGGGGAAUUCACCAACCUGCAAGGCAUCUCAGCCUCGAGUAACGGGAGAGUCGUGGUGGCAGACAGCAACAACCAGUGUAUCCAGGUGUUCUCCAAUGAUGGACAGUUUAAACUGAGGUUCGGGGUCAGAGGUCGUUCUCCUGGGCAGCUCCAACGUCCUACUGGUGUCACUGUGGACACGAAUGGUGACAUCAUAGUGGCCGACUAUGACAACCGAUGGGUCAGCAUCUUCUCCCCUGAUGGGAAGUUCAAGAACAAAAUCGGAGCCGGUCGUCUCCUGGGCCCUAAAGGUGUGGCUGUCGACCGGAAUGGUCACAUCAUUGCUGUCGACAAUAAGGCCUGCUGCGUCUUCAUCUUCCAGUCCAACGGGAAGCUGGUCACCAAGUUCGGGGCGAGGGGGACAUCCGACAGGCAGUUUGCAGAAAAAAGUGGUGCAAACAAUGCACUGGAUCACAAGCUUAGUAAAUCUGGCCCCACGUUCAGUCCACACUUCGUUGCAGUGAAUAACAAGAACGAAAUAGUGGUGACUGACUUCCACAAUCACUCUGUUAAGGUGUACAGUGCUGACGGGGAGUUCCUCUUCAAGUUUGGGUCCCACGGGGAGGGCAACGGCCAGUUUAAUGCCCCCACUGGUGUGGCCGUGGAUGCCAAUGGGAACAUCAUUGUCGCCGACUGGGGCAACAGCCGUAUCCAAGUGUUUGACAGCUCCGGGUCCUUCCUGUCCUACAUAAACACCAGUGCAGACCCCCUGUACGGCCCACAGGGCCUGGCUCUGACCUCCGAUGGCCAUGUGGUGGUGGCGGACUCGGGGAAUCACUGUUUCAAGGUGUACCGCUACCUGCAGUAGGUAUCCCCGUGAAGGAGGCCCGAGACGUAGGACAUAGACUGGGUGCAAUCAUACUUUGUUUUCAUUCUGUCUUCAUCUUCACUUUGCACAUCAGCAACGCAGACCUACCGAAGUCUGCUAAGCUCUCUCCGAAUGAGGAGAAAAGGACAAAUACGCAUUACAUCAAGAAAACUUUUGCACACUGUUUGAUCUCUACUGAUGGGGGUACGACAAGGUGAAACCCUAUUGCGCAACUGCUGAAGGACUCAAAAAAAAAUCGAAUGUAUACAAAUGGAAUAUGCCAUUGAACAUGGAAGGGAUUUUAAAAGAGUGGUGUUUGUAUAGCUAAAGUUUUUGACCACCCCUAUCUGCAAGGAUCAAGGGGUAACCAAAAUAGUAGCUGGACUUCGACAGAGCAACAGUCAUUUCCCCAUUGCAUGAAGUUGUAGUUUUCUGAAGCAGACCUUCUGGGGGAAUGUGACUCUUUUUGAUUGGUUGGCUUUUUUGUUUUCCAAGUUUUCAAAUCAAACUGAUACCAGUCGGACCGUGUCAGUGCAGCUAUUGGACAAAAUCACUCUUUUUUUUUUUCUUUUCUCAAUCCUCUGUGCAUUUUAUUCUGUUAUAUUAUAUAUUUGCAUACACAUAUAUGUGGCUGUACACUCACGCUUAUGUAUGCAUACAGUUGAUAUGCUUAUCGGUCCCCUGUAUGUACCUGACGAGCAGUGCUGCUCUUUGACUGCCGACGAAUGCAACGUUAUCAAAGCACAUAAACCCAAGGAUGCGCAGCCACUGCACAGCCUGCAUACAGCAUUCAGAACAGGAGUCUGUGGUACUGUAUUUAUUCAAAACAGCAACAGCACAGCAGGUCACAUGCUUCUGUUUUUUUUUUUUUCUUUAUAAAUAAGAAGAUAAAGACAAAUCCUUUUAAUUUAUUACUUUAUUUUCUACAUGAAUUCGCCUUUAAAAAAAUAUUUUUCUAAAUUGAUGUGUUGGAUCUUAUCUGCCAAAUAUCUAGUGUAAGCCUGGACACGAUCCAGAAUCGGGGUCUCAAAGCCGCCAACAGAUCCUCGCUCUCGUCUCGCCUGUUUCCAUGGCAACGGGCGAAGGCGGAACCUCAUCCCCAUUAAUUUGCCAAACUUGGUUUGUUGAUGCGGUUGCACUUAAUAUGAAAAUAAUUACUUUCAAAAAUGUAAUAUCAAUAUGCCUAUUUGACUGUAAAUAUUAUCAUAUGAAGUAAAUUAUAUGUAUAAGGACCUGGCAGCUGGAAUAUUGUUGCCAUCAAUUUAACAGUAUUUGUAUUUAUUUUUCUAUUUGUUUAGUGUCCAUGACACACUUUGUCCGAGGUUCACAAGCGUUUUAUAUAAAAGGCAUCUCCUUUCUCAUGGAUAGCUCGCAUAAUCUCUUCCGUUCAAGUGACAUUGUCAGAAAUGUGUUAGUCCGACGUCCUGUUGUGUUUGCAAAAACUACCAUGGCAAAAAAUAAAUAAAUAUAUAAACAUAUGAAUGUCAUUCAGCCGUAUGGAUUUUCUCUAAGGAUCCAGAGAGCAAAACAUUGAUCGGACGGCGUGGGCGUUUUUUCCUCCGUUUGAGAGCGGUACCUUUUUUGCAUGGUGACUAUGAUUUCAUUUAUAAUGGUCUGAAAUUCCAGCUUAAUGUUGCCCGUUAUUUCUUGCUGUCGUUAUAUGCUUCUUUAAUUCAUUUGUUCCACAUUAUGGAUAUUGCCUUUUUAUAGAUAAGUCUGUUCAACAGUUUGUUCCAUCUGCGUCUUACCAUGAAGUAAUGAUUCCUAAUGCAUGAUGGCGCGCUUAUAUUAGAAGUUGUGGUCAGAGGCCCCAGUGGCUUCUGUAUAAAACGUUAAAACCGUCACCGCACCUCUGUGUGAAAUGCUGGAUUUCAUUACUACGGUGUGUGUGCUGUAAACCUGUACAUAUUAAACUGCUGAAAAGCCUG